GGACCGCCCGGAGAAGUAGGACCGCCCGGCUUGACCGGUCCCCAGGGUCUACCUGGGCCCACAGGCCCUAUAGGUUCAAUGGGCGACAUAGGGCCUCCUGGACCUCCAGGAGCAAGAGGUCUAAUUGGGCCAGUCGGUGAAGAUGGUGCUUCAGGAGAAUCUGGGAGGCAUGGGUUAAAGGGAGGCCAAGGGCCGACAGGCAUCCUUGGCCAACCGGGUGAUGACGGCCUGAAAGGUCCCAUGGGCGUUCGCGGACCACAGGGCAAGCGAGGUGAUCCAGGAGUUAAAGGAAGCAUGGGUGACUUUGGGCCAAAAGGUCUAGAGGGACCGAUUGGCCCAAAGGGUGGCAUAGGUUUCCAAGGCCACCGGGGAGAGGUUGGAUCUAGAGGUAGCGUUGGGUCCCAGGGUCCAAUGGUGAGAAAAUUCUUUAUAAGAUAA